GCGCUCUGACUGCCGCUGGCUUGCGCUCUCAGAUGGAGUGAUCGGUCCCAGCUCAGCAUCCAGCCUUCACACCGGACGGUGCGCCUGUGAGAGGAAGAGCAGAGCCGCUCUCUGUCGUUCAGCUUUUCAGCUUCUUCACUGAGUUUACAGCCUCGCAGACAGAACUUUGGCCUUUUUGGAGCUUCGGAUCUUCGUUUUACAACAUUUCAUCCCGGCGUAAACAAGCGGAAUUUAAGCUUUGGAGGAGAGCGCAGCGGAGGUCUGGAGAUGAACCCCCCGUGUGCCCGCUGUGGCAAGAUCGUGUACCCGACGGAGAAAGUCAGCUGCCUGGACAAGAACUGGCACAAAGGAUGUUUCCACUGCGAAGUUUGCAAGAUGACGCUGAACAUGAAGAACUACAAAGGCUAUGAUAAGAAACCCUACUGCAACGCACAUUACCCCAAGACAUCAUUCACCAUCGUGGCCGACACUCCAGAGAACCUGAGACUGAGACAGCAGAGCGAGCUGCAAAGCCAGGUGAAGUAUAAGAAAGACUUUGAGGAGAGCAAAGGUCGAGGGUUCAGCAUCGUGUCCGACACUCCGGAGAUGCAAAGACUCAGAAGGACUCAGGAGCAAAUCAGCAACGCAAAGUACCACGAGGACUUUGAGCGGGCGCGCGGCCGAGGGUUCACGCCGGGGUUGGACGAUCCCAGCAUGGAGCGCUACCAGAGAGCCAAUCAGAUGAUGGGAGAGGCGGGCUACAACAAAGGCAUGCACCACCAGGUGACAGAGAUGGACAGACGACCAGGAGGCAUCAUCGUAGACCUGAAGGUGUGGAGGGCAGACCCAGGCUCCAUCUUUGACUUUGACCCUCUUGAGGACAACAUUCAGUCCAAAAGCCUGCGCAGGAUGUCUGCUCCUGUGCUCCCUGGAGCAUACCAUCAGGGCGUCCAGAUGCAGCAGCAGCAGCAGUAUCACGGCUACAUGCAUCAGACCAGCAUGUCAUCUGUCAGAUCUGUCACCUCUCCUCCACACUCAGGCACCAUGCGUGUUUACCGGGCGCUGUAUGACUACGCGGCUCAAGACCACGAUGAGGUGUCAUUCAGGGACGGCGAUGUCAUCAUCAACGCUCAGCCCAUCGACGAGGGCUGGAUGUACGGCACCGUGCAGAGAACCGGCAAGUCCGGCAUGCUGCCGGCAAACUACGUGGAGUGUUGCAACUAAAGCGGAGAGGAAGACGAGUUUGUGAGAGACAGCGGAGGAGAUGAAGUGAGACGGGGCUGAAGUUCACAGUUACAUCCACCUUCAGCGUUAUAAAAGCCGAGCUGGUGAUGUUCUUUGCAUUUCAGGGCUCAUUUAUAUUUUCAGUGUUAUGGGAAACGGGAAAGACAGGUGAUAGAUUGUUAAGCUGUUCUGGUCCAUUUUAAAAACAGGAAAUUAUGUUUAAAAUAAUAAUAAUAAUAAUAAUGAUACAUUUUAUUUAAAAAUAGCACCUUUCAAAGCACCCAAGGACACUGUACAACGAAUAAAAACACAAAAACUGGAAAUGUACACAGUAAUAAGAAUAACAGAUAAAAGUUAAGAGCAUACAGAGGUUUAAACAUAAGCAAUUUUAAACAGAUGAGUUUUGAGGGUGGACUUAAAAAGAGGGAAUGAACUAAUAUUUCUGAGGUCAGGGGGUAAGGAAUUCCAAAGUCGAGGGGCAGAGCAACUAAAAGCCCCGCCCCCCAUUGUAAUCAGACGAGCGGAAGGAACAGAGAGAGAAAGAGAAGAUGAAGAUCUGAGGCACCGGGAUGGGAGGUUCAUCUGUACUAAAAAAGUAAGUUUAAUGGGUUUUAAUUAGAUGUGAUGGAUAACAAAGCUGCAGCUUCUUUCAGAAUAAACACAUCUGCUCAACAGCCAAUCAAAGAGCAGUUUCUACACUUAAAGGUGAAGGAAACGGACCAGGAUGCAGUGCAGCAGAGCAGGGUGGGCUAUGAUUAAAGAGGGCUGCUUGGGGAAGGCCUUUCCUGUAUCUGAUGGACACAAAACUCCACUGAUCAGAUCCGUCUAUCAGGUCCAUCGCUUAUUGGCAAAUACAUCUAUUUCAGCUCCAUUCAGGCCUUUUCUACAGUAUCUCCAAAAUUAUUCUUCUUGUUAUGUAAAAUUAGUAUUUAUGUAAAAAAAAAAAGAAAGAAGAAAUUUACAAAAAAUCUACACAAAAUAUUAUGAAGCACUGUCCAGAAAUAUGUGCAAAGUCAUGGAAACCAAUUUCACUUUUUUUGACUGGCACAGCUCUUAAAUAAUUACAUGGAACUCAAAUCUGUAAACUCCUGGAGUUUCAUCCAUGUCAGUCCAAAAGCAGCUGCAGAAUCAGCAUCAGUAGUAACCUCGAGGCUCUGGUCACGUCUCAAAGUUACUGUAUGUGGUUUGAAACAGAGUGAAAGUGCGCAGGAGGAAGGUUUAGGAUCUGAGCUGGAAAUGAACCACAAGCAGCUUCAUGGUUCUUCUUUAGGUGGCACUGAAAUAUAUAUUUUUUAAUUUAGGCAUUAAAAGAAUCUAUUGGGCAGAACUGUCUGGUGUAAAAAAAUUAAUAGAUAGAAGAUAGAUAAACCUUUGUAAUUUGACACUAAGCGCUGCAAUGCACUGAACAUCAUGAGCUGGUGAUAUCAGUUAAUAAUUGACCUGACGGGGAAUUUUCUUUUGAUGAGCGGUGGAUAAAGAGAAAAAAGCAGAUGGAGGGAUAAAUCUAGCAUGCUGUCAUGUUUUAUGAGAAUAUAGAAGAGGAGCAAACGACAGAAGGAUGCAUGAAGAAAAGCGGUGAGAGAGACUAGAAACAACUAAAGUGUAACUUUUUAAUCACCUGUGACAAACUAAAAGAGGAAAUGAAGAAGGAAUGAGCAGUAUUAAUCUAAUUUAUAAUAAAACAGGAAUUCAGACAAGACUCCUAAACUGCAGCUCUGGGUGUGGUCUGUGUUUUUAAUACUGCCAACAACGCCCAGGAAAAGACCACAAAACCUCGUUUCAGCUCCACAUGUCGAUUAAUCCACAACAAAUUCACUGUAAUCUCACUACAUCCACAUAAAAGACUCAUAAAUGUUUCAUACUUCAAAUGAACGUGUGAUAAGCCGAAUCAAAGUCCUUGUUCAUUGUUGAAAACUGCUAAUUAGACUCAUAAACUCAUGAUAUAAGUCACUGCUUGGCAAAUUAUCCUAACAGGCACUGCAGUCAGCUCACACUGCAGAUGAGAGGCUCCUUAAACAUAAAGGCAACCAAAUCUGAGAAAAGUUCUUACUCGGGUCAUUUUUUAAAUAUUCAGAUUACAUUUGUGCCUUUUACCUACUAUGAAAUGUUUCAGUUAUACACUUUGCAUUUUUAAUUUGCAUUUUUUUCCAAAAUGUUUUAAGUUUAAAAGACCCAAAGUAACAGAACAAACCUAUUCCACCCUCACAAGACAAAAUCCCAGAUGAACAAAAACAGAUCAAUAAAAAAGUCCAGCAGGAAAUAACAAAACCAACAAUUGCUGCUCCAUCGGCAGGUUUCCCCACCCUCAACCAAAUUUCCUCUCAUCAAACGCGGUGUCCCUGUGCUCUGAUCAAACUCACUCACUACAGAGUGGAUCUGAUGGAUUUCCUAUUCUUAUUAAAUUCGUGUUCAGAUGUGAGAAAAACAGUUUUAGUCUUUAUUCUUUAAAAUAAAAGGAAAAUGCUGCCUAUAGCUUCCCCCUUAUUCAGAAGGGUCCCCACAGCAGGCAGCGGGUUUGGUUUGGAGGGUUUUCCUGGUUUUGUGUCUCUGGCUGGAGUUGAACUGGGGAUCUUUUUAACUGCUUCACUCUGGCACCACCAGAAUAAAGAAUACAAAUGAAAACUGAAUUCAAAUGUUGGCAUAAUGCAAAUUUGAUAUGAUGUCAACAAGUACAAAGAGUUGUCCUGUUUUAAGGCCAUUAUUAAGAUGCAUAAAAGAAUAAGUGCUGUAAGACCUCUUACAGUCCGCAGGUGCUCAUCAGGGAGAGACACCCAUAAAACAGACCCCCUACUAUCUGUGCACUGAGGUCUGAGGGACCUCCCAGGAAUGCUGACACUAUUUUUCACAUUCCAGAUAUCUCUUGAUCUCUAAUGUAGAACAUGACCUGCUCCAGAGCAGGUCUGUGGUUCUGAAAAGCCAGGAUUAAACCAAAGUUACCUGGACGAGCCCAAAUACUGCUCUGUCAGCCAUCGAUGCCACUGAUGAAACAAAUAUGGUCACAUGCUGACACGUUUAUGUGAUCUGAAGGGAAUCCAGAAAGCACAGAGAGAUGAACUGAGACACUGAUGGUUUUUGGUCUUUUUAUGGGUUUUGUUGGCAUUAAGAAAACGACAGAUUGUCAGCAGACUUUUAUUUGAAAGGAUGCAGAAAAAGAAGAAGAGGAGCAGGGAAUGAAAAUAAUUAGAUCUGUCUUCUCUCUAGACGUGAGCCCGAGAAUGAAAAGGAAAGAAUGAAAAGUCAGAAAAUACUUUUUUCUUAGCAGUGAUGCAACCAAAAGGAAGGAGUGAGGGCAGGCGAAUAGGAACAAGGUUUAGAAACCUCUCGAGUUUGAGCAUUUAUUGAUCCCGGGUUUAAUUCAUGUUCAGGUGAGUGUGGUUUGGUUUUUGACUUCUGAUGUACAGUAACCUGUCGACAAACCACAGACAGAUCAUCGGUUUAAACAGCAGCAGUAACCUCUGUGUUUGUAAAGGACUUAACUAACACACUGUGUCUUUCUGUUUCUCGUGUCAUGCUGUCUGAAUAUUUUAAGCGUCAUCUCUGCACACAGUAAAAGUUUAUAUUUACUGAAAUCUGAAGAGACUGUUUAAGUACGUCGGACUGGAGAUUUCUAGACGUUGCAGACUAUUUUGAUACACGGGCUCCUGUCCACGUUUGGGAAGGUUAUAUUUUACUCUUGUGUGUAUCCAGUAAGUCGUGUUUUUGGGGUUUCUUGUCUUGCUGUGUGGAUUGCAUCCCAGUCAUGUACUGAAUAAAUCUUCACUCAGCCAUGA